GCCAAAGAGCUCUGACGAUCAUCCCAGGUGUUCUGCGGGAUGGGGAGGAAUCAGGAGCUGUUGGAUGCCUUGAGCAAAACCAUAAGUGAUGCCGAGGGCCGUGAGAUCUCCGUGUCAAGGUCACGCUUCUCAAGUGGUUGAGAUCUCCAUGCUUUCCAUGCUGUUGCAGCUGUGGCGGCCAUGGCAGCUUCUUCAGUGGAGGCGGCGCCUCAACGUGCAGUGUGCAAGACGAAAACACCGGACAGAAGUCAGUUGGGAUGCUGGACGGACGCACGACGCAUACGACCAUCCAUCUGAUCUGCUGUUGUCCUGUGUGCCAGGUAUUUCGUGAAGGUGGGCAGCACUCGGCAGUACGACAUGCUCAAGGCCGAGUACAUUGGCGUGCGUGAGAUGUACAACACCAAGACAAUCCGCGUACCGAAGGCCAUCGGUCACGGCAGCACCGCCACACAGGCCUACGCCGUCUUCGAACACCUCAAUCUAUCGGGCUCUCGACGGGUGAGCAGGGCAGGAGAGGUCGUGAAUGAAGGCGACACCAUCUCUGCCAUGCCUCUGUGUGUGUGUGGUCGUCAGGGCGGUCGUGCGUAUGAGAUGGGCGAGAAGCUGGCGGCCAUGCAUCGGCACACCUCCGCCAACGGAUGCUUCGGCUUCGACAUACCCAACACAUGCGGCGUGACACCCCAGCCCAACGAAUGGACAGAGAGGUACAUAGCCGCACACGCAGAGAGAGGCAGUCAAGCCACGAAGCCGGUGCACCGACCGCUGUGCAGCUGGCCGGUGUUCUUCGACACGUAUCGACUGCACAAUCUGUUCGAGAGGCUGCGCAAGAAGAGGGGCAUCACAUUCGCCAAGGAGGAGGAGGUGGGUGGUUCGGUGGGUAGAUUGGCGGCCUCUUCAAUGAACUAGAGUGUCUGGUGUUCUUGCUCAGGUUCGUUCCAAGAUCAAGUCAGUUCUGGAGGACCAUGUAGCCAAACACAACCCGCCUGCAUCACUUGUGCAUGGUGGGUUGUCAGCAGCCCUCCACACGUAUGUCAACGCCUGCCUGCCAUCUUUGCGUGCGGUCAGGUGACCUGUGGACGGGCAACGCCGGGUUUCUCGACACCGGCGAGGGCUGCAUCUACGACCCAGCGUGUGCAUACUGCGACCGCGAGUACGACCUCGCCAUGACCCACCUCUUUGGGUCGCUCCCCCGCCCCUUCUAUGAGGGGUAUGAGAAGGCGUGGCCGCUUCCAAAGGAUGGACAGCAGCAGCGGCAGGAGAUCUACAACCUGUGAGCCAGUCAAUUCUGUGCAUGCGUGAUGUCAUGGGGGGGGCGUGAUGUGUGCAGGUAUCACGUGCUGAAUCAUGCGCUGGUGUUUGGCGGGGGCUACGUCCAGCAGGCGGAGGCGAUGAUGGACGAGAUACUCACCUACUGAUGACUGAGUGAGUGGUUUUACGAGCCGUGUGCGUGUGUGUGUGGUGCUGUUUUCUCCCCUUCUGCUACUCGGCCCGAAGGUCAGCUCCUUUCAGGAGACGAGCACACUCCUGCAGAGCACUUGCCUUUGGGUCCGGUAGGACAAGGGGAGAGGGAGUACGAGCACACGCGAAGCGAAGGGGUGUCUCGUCCCGGUGGGGUUGGUUCUGUGAGUGGCUAGUACAUGAACGCCUUGUACUGAGUCAUUCAUGUGGACCGACAGACUCUGGGAUCGUUCGAUGAGUGGCUGGUGCCGUGGGGGUGCGAUGGAGCUACAAAAGAGUAUCGGUGCGAUGGACCUUUUCAUUGUACACUUCUGUCCAUUGACCAUCCAGCG